AUGCAAAUAUAAUCAACGUCCUUGAUUCAACCUCGAUCUUCCUAUUUGCCUGCUGAUUUUUCACACUAACUGUUGUUUCUACCAUAUCUCAGCACUAUCUCAGAUCUGUAUUUCUCUUCUCUCGGCUUUGAUUUGAGCUUUCUGCCAUUUUUCAGUGUCUUGCAUCAGAAACAACGUUCCUCCAUCCCUAAUAUCUAUUGUCAAAUAUCUCGCUGUUGAUCCAAUUACAGUCUCUACUAAUAUCAACACACUCCAUAUCCCAACUCAAUUUCCUCUUUUUUCCUCGUCCAUAUUCUUCCAAUAUCAACAAUACCACACCACUUCACAAUGCUCUCUCGUAAUCUUAUAAAACCAAACCUAUCCUACUUUUUCAAAAGACAAUUUUCUUCCUCUAUACCUAGGAAUGGUGAAGUCAAUGUAACCAUAGAUGGUGUUAAAGUCCAAAUUGAAAAUGGUUCUUCAAUUAUUCAAGCUGCCGAUAAAGCAGGCGUAACAAUACCUCGUUAUUGUUACCAUGAAAAAUUGGCUAUUGCAGGUAAUUGUAGAAUGUGCCUUGUUGAAGUCGAAAAGGCUCCAAAACUAAUUGCUGCUUGUGCCUUCCCCGUCAGAGAAGGUAUGGUUGUCUUCACUGGCACCGAUAAAGUCAAACAAUCAAGAGAAGGUGUUACUGAAAUGUUACUACAAAACCAUCCUUUGGAUUGCCCUGUCUGUGAUCAAGGUGGUGAAUGUGACUUGCAAGAACAAACCCUAAGAUAUGGUUCCGAUAGAGGAAGAUUCAAUGAAAUCCUAGGUAAAAGAGCUGUUGAAAACAAAGCCAUUGGUCCCUUGGUCAAGACUGUCAUGAAUAGAUGUAUUCAUUGUACAAGGUGUGUAAGAUUUCUUAACGAUAUCGCUGGUGCUCCUGAAUUUGGUUCAGCUGGUCGUGGUAAUGACAUGCAAAUUGGCACCUAUGUUGAAAGGAAUCUAAAUUCUGAAUUGUCUGGUAAUAUUAUUGAUCUAUGUCCUGUUGGUGCUUUGACCUCCAAACCUUACGCCUUUAGAGCAAGACCUUGGGAACUAAAAAGAACUGAAACCAUUGAUGUUCUAGAUGCUUUAGGUUCAAAUGUUAGAGUAGACACAAGAGGUAUCGAGGUCAUGAGAGUCUUACCAAGAUUGAACGAUGAAAUAAACGAAGAAUGGAUUUCCGAUAAAUCAAGAUUUGCCUGCGACGGUUUAAAAUCUCAAAGAUUAACUACCCCAUUAAUCAAAAAUAAUGACCAUUUCGAAACUGCUACCUGGGAUGAAGCUUUAUCAACAAUCGUUUCCGCCUUCAACACCCUUAAACCUGAAGGCAACCAAUUUAAAGCCAUCUCUGGUGCCUUAACUGAUGUUGAAUCUUUAGUUGCUCUUAAGGACUUGGUCAACAGACUUGGUUCUGAAAACCUAGCAAUCGAUACUCCAAAUGGUAACUUGCCCCCACCAUCUGGUAACGACAUCAGAUCCUCUUAUAUCUUUAAUUCAACUAUUGAAGGUAUCGAAGAUGCCGAUCAGAUCUUAUUGAUUGGUACUAACCCAAGACAUGAAGCUGCCGUUUUAAAUGCUAGAAUUAGAAAAGUCUGGCUUAGAAGUAACUUGGAAAUUGCCUCGAUUGGUCAAGAAUUUGAAUCCACUUUUGACUUGACUCAUUUAGGUGGGAAUGCAAACGCCCUUCAAUCUGCUCUUGAUGGAGAUUACGGUAAAAAAUUAGUUAAUGCCAAAAAACCUUUAAUCAUUAUUGGUUCAGCUGUCAGUGACGCUCAAGAUGGUGCUGCCAUUUAUGAAUUGGUCUCAAAAUUCGUUAAAAAGAAUUCAUCAGUAUUCAAUUCUCCAGAAUGGAACGGUUUCAAUGUCUUACAUCGCGAUGCCUCUAGAGUUGGUGCUUUAGACGUUGGUUUCGUUCCUACUACAAAAGAAAUCAGCCAAGUUGACCCCAAAAUUGUAUACUUAUUGGGUGCUGAUGAAGUCAACCCAGAAGAUAUUCCAAAAGAUGCCUUUGUUAUUUACCAAGGCCAUCAUGGUGAUGUUGGUGCUUCCUUAGCAGACGUUAUCUUACCUGGUUCGGCUUACACUGAAAAGACUGCUACCUAUGUUAACACUGAAGGCAGAGUUCAAACUACUAGGGCUGCUACAAACCCACCAGGUGUUGCAAGAGAAGAUUGGAAAAUUAUUAGAGCCCUAUCUGAUUACUUGGGCUCUCCACUUCCUUACGAUGACAUAUAUUCAAUCAGAGCAAGAUUGGAAGAAAUUGCUCCAAACCUUGCUAGAUACGAUAUUAUUGAGCCUGUUUCUACUGAAAUAGCUUCUACAAAUUAUGAUCACUUGUCUUCCUCUUUAUCACAAAGCAUAAUUGGUGUUCCAUUAAAAAAUCCAAUUGAAAACUUUUACUUCACUGACGUUAUUUCAAGAUGUUCUCCAACAAUGGCUAACUGUAUAAAGGCAUUUGGUCCUAAAAAUGAUAAGGUAAUUAACGAAAACCAAGAAGUCAGUUUUGCUUAAGUAUUGUAAUUAAGUGGUUAAUUUUUACAAUUGAAAAACAAAAAAAAAACAAAAGAAAUAUUAAUAAAAACGAUCAAUACAUAAUUAUACUUUUUCCACAAAAGAAAGGAAACGUUAAAACGAAAUGUUUUCAGGUUUAAUUAAUUCAUAUUCAUUAUUAGUUUUAUGUUCUUAACUAAAGUUGAACAAAUUUCUAUAUAUUCUCAAAAUUUGAUGAGGCUUUAAGAAUCUUUUCAAUUGAGCUUUUAUAUUAUUUAACACAAUCAUCACACUAUAUUUUUUUUAUCAACUUAUAAAUUAUCUUAAUUUUUUUGUUCACUUCUUUUUUUUUUACAUAUUCUGCUUUACGUCUUUUUAUAAUCAAAUAUUUUAUAAA